UUCGCCUGCUCGACCCUCCGCCUCGUUGAACAAUCUCUUUCUCUCUUUCCCUCUGUGGGGAGAAUGUUGAUGGCUUGAAACGAUGAAGUUCUUCGAGAACACUUUCAAUUACGACUACAGCUUCCCCGCCGUCUCCCUCGCCUUCUUCCUUCGCUACCCCAAUCCCUACUCUCGUCAUGUUCUCACCUCCGAUGUCAUUGACCGCUAUGUCGACCCCGAGACCCAGCGGCUGCACACCACUCGACUGCACCUGAAGCGGUCGAAGAUCCCCUCGGCGAUGCUCAAGUUGCUGCCCAAGGGCAUUGGCGGCGCCGAAAAUUCUGGACAGAGCUUUAUCCUGGAGACCAGCGUUGUGGAUGUGAAGGAGGGUUGGAUGGAAACUGAAUCUCGAAAUAUGGAGUGGACCGGCAUCCUGAGCGUGGUGGAGAAACAGGUCUAUCGGCGUUGUCUUCGAUCGGAUGAUUCUAGCCCUGGCACGCCAGCGUUUUCGUCAGCUCUCAGCAUCGACGACAGACGGGACGAGUGGACUACCGUCAAAACGACGGUGACUUUCCGAUCUCGACUCGGCCAAUCGAUGCUCAACCGCUCCACCAAGGCCGAUUCAGCGCCUGACUCCGACGAGGACUCUCACAAGAAAGGGUUUCUUGCCGCAUGGUCCACGGCCGGCCUCCAGCGAACCAUCGAGCUUAUCGGUGUGAAGCGAACCCGAGAUGCGGUUCACAAAAGCAAGCAGGGUAUGAACAUUGUGCUGGAGAGGCUACGCCAUGGUGGAAUCGUAGCUGUUCUCGAAGGCAUGCGCCAGGAUCGCGAGGCCGCCACCCUUGGCCAUCACCACGAAGGUCCAUGGAAGCGAGUUUGGCUUCACGGCACUAGCGGUGGCGACCUCAACGAAAAGCAUUCUUUCCCGCACGUUGAGGUCGAUCAUGCCGAGGACGACGGAUGAACGAAUGCGGGCCUUCCGAGGGGCAUGCGAACCGCUUCUUAACUGAUCACGUCUUUUUUGAUGUAGCGCGGCGUUUUUGGGUUUUGGGGUUUGGCGACGGAAACUCUCCUAUUUCGUUGAAAUCUUUCUUCAUUCUACAUCUCCUUUCUUCCACUGUCUUAUAUAUUUCUGCUUUUUCUGGGGUUAACUACCUGUUCCCCUAUUCUACUUUUCAGCUACUAAGCACAGAGCUUCUCGUUGCAGACGGCAUUGUCGGAAAUGGAUGAUUGGGCAAUUCGCAUGGACAAAACAUAGCGGCAUGUAUGGGAAAAUGGCAGAAUACCUACCAUACGUAUGUACAGUAAAUGCUGUUUGAUAUGUGAUAUGGCAUGGAUAU